CACUGACCUGUGGGAAUUAAUGGCGGUGUAGAUGUGAAACUAGGCACUACAUCGAGGAGCCACUAGGCCCAUAUCUUGUUUAUUUUCUGCUCUUUCUUACAUCUUUUUCAUCGAGAGUCAGGGGGUGAAAUCAUUCAACACUAAUGUUCAAGUACCUUGUAAUGGGUUUGCGUGGAUUCUUCGUAUUGGCAGCUAAAAUAUGGAGUUUUGUGUGUUACUGUUUCCGACGACAGGUUCGCGCAGUGAUACAGCAUCAGACAGUGAAGUACGAGAUGAUACCAUUGUCACCUCUGUCCAAACACAGAUUAAGUAUGUUAAAAAGGAAGGUUUUAGUGUUGGAUCUUGAUGAAACACUUAUACAUUCACAUCACGACGGUGUUCUACGACAGACAGUCAAACCGGGUACACCUCCAGACUUUGUCCUAAAAGUUACAAUAGACCGACAUCCAGUCAGAUUCUUCGUGCAUAAAAGGCCACAUGUUGAUUAUUUUUUGGAAGUUGUGAGCCAGUGGUACGACCUGGUAGUCUUCACAGCCAGUAUGGAGAUAUAUGGCGCGGCAGUCGCCGACAAACUCGACAAUAACAGGGGGGUUUUACGAAGGAGAUACUAUAGACAACAUUGUAAUUUAGACUGUGGUAGCUACACAAAAGAUCUGUCCAAUAUAUGCCCAGACCUGUCAAGUAUCUUCAUUCUAGACAACUCUCCAGUAGCCUACAGAUCCUAUCCAAAUAACGCCAUACCCAUCAAGUCCUGGUUCAGCGACGCCACAGACACGGCACUCCUCUGCCUCUUGCCUAUGUUAGACGCUCUCAGGUUUUGCAGCGAUGUGCGCAGCGUCCUCAGUCGGAAUUUACAUCUACAGCGGGCGUGGUAGCGACGCCCAUUUCAUGCCCAUCCUUGUACAUAGCAACUGUUAGCACUGUCAUUGAUGUCGUCCUCAUCACCUAGGUCACCCACCAUCCAACAGGAGCGUCGGUGUUGAUUCUAGGAACUAUUUUACCCCGGAAUGAAUCCCCUCCUGAUACUCUCUAUACAAACUCAACCUGCUGUCCUGUGUUGGGUGAAGCCAUCUUCUGUUGUAGGAAGGUGAUUGAUCAUGUUUAUUCCAGACAAGGCAGUGGUAUACAAACUCUGUUGAUGAACUAGUUCUGAUAAGGAGGUGAAUAGGAAAACCCUUGUGGAUUCAUUUGUAGAAAUUCUUUGUAUAUCUCAGACAUUGAGCAGGAUUGGAAGAACUGAUACUGGAAAGUUUGGAACCAGAAUUACUGAUAAGUUUGGAAGAAAAAUUAUUGGCAAGUUUAGAAGCAAAAUUAUUGGCAAGUUUGGAAGCAAAAUUAAUACCAUAUUUGAAAUAAGAAUAUUGUUAAAUUCAGAAGAAACAUUAACUGCAAGUUUGGAAGAAGAAUUAUUGACACGUUUAUAUAAGACAUUAUGUUUUGUAUUUUAUUGAUCUCUUUCAAAUUCAAUUGCAUUAUAUGUUGUUUUUCAUAGGCUUUUAGGUGACUGCAGGCAAUGCCUCUGAAUAGUUCAGUUAACUGCUCAUUUGGAUUCAGACCUGCCAGGACAUAGCAGAUUUAAGUGAAAGGAUAAUUGUAAAUUUCUUUUGUUUCAAUGUCCAUUGGGUCCCUUUCCACACUGGACUAUCACCAUUCAGAGACGAUUUUGAUUUCCUGAACUGUUGUGUUCUCUUCUACUUUAUGCUCAAUGUCUUGGGUACACAGUUGGUUGAUUGAAGACCAAUCAGGUGCAGAGACAAUCAUGCAUCACCAUGACCAAUCAUGCAUCACCAUGAUGCUGGUUGGUUAUUGCCACUCAAAGCUCAACUUGUUAGAAGUUAGACUUGAAAGGCUUUGUUUUGUAUUUGAAAGCAGUAGUGUCCAGUGUUUGUUCUAAACAGGUCAUCUGUACAAUAGCUGACUGCUGGGCAGAGUUGCAGUCCUUUACCAGGCUUUCUUCCCACCAACAAGUUCAAAUUAGAUUAUCAAAUUCAAUUCCUUGAACAAUCUUUAAUAAUUCAUAAUAAAAUACCAGAAUCAGUUUCGUGAAUGGAACACUCAACUGGAAAAAAUGAUUCACAAUUCUAAUGUUUUUACUUUGUGUUCUUAAACAAUAACUACAGUUCCAAUGUUGCUACUUUUGUCAGGAAUAAUCAAGAUUUGUCACAACCCAGUGAGCUUGAAGUUUCUCCUUAGACUCAUCCUCUACCGUCAAGGGUAAUAUAUGUCCAUCCUGUAAUAAAUACCUUGGACCGUCCAGGGAAAUAUUUGUCCAUUCUGUUACUAGAUACCUUGGAUCCAUCCACCUCUAUUUCUUCACUUAGAGUCCAGCUCAAAUGACACAAGACUCAAACUGGCUCCCCUAAAAAUCUGUUGCUGUGAUUGAAGGAGUAAUAUUAUCCCCUAACUUGUUUGUUGCGGCCCAUCUGAAAUACAAAUUGGGAUACCUGAUAGCAGAUCCUUCCCAUCUUAAACGGUCAGUUUUGUUUGGGAAAUUAUAUUAAGGAAUAACUCGUAUGAGGCAGCAGUUUGGAUAGAUCUGUGUCAAACUCUUGUAAAAACAUCCUAGAGAAUUGACUUUUGAAUCAGAGAUAUUGUAACAAAUUGGUCAAGGUAGUUUAGUGUAACAUCCCGUAGAGUUGACUUUUGAGAUGAAGCUAUUGUGGAUAUGGUCCAGGGAGUUCAGCAUAACAGAAUGGCUGUGUACUACAGUGGACGAUGGAGGAGGGUGUAGACUAGACUCUGGAGGGACUGAUACAUACCCCUUGUAUGCCAUGUUUACCUCACUGAGUGAAGUACCAGGCAGGUUCUCUUCUGUGUUGCCAUGGAAAUCACGUCACAAUGUUUGAGAAUUUGUGCUUGGAUUCUUUGAGGAGAGAGUCUGGAGUGCUCACAUACUGAAGCAUGGGCAGCUGUGUCUGUAUGGCAAAGCAUUUUAGUGCAGUAAGAUUUCAUGUUUCACAGGCUGAAUGUACACAAGAAAGUUGAAUGUGGCUUAAUAUUUGAGCUGCUUAUGUGUCCACAUUUAUGAUUAUUCUGAAGACAAAGAAGAAUUAUGAUUGCCAUAUUAUUGACAUGUAAGUUUUAUGUGAAAUCGGAGAGAACUAUAGUGAUAUGUGAAGCUAUCUUUAUUGAGAUUACAAACCAAUGUUAAAAUACAUCACUUGCCCAUGUAAAGGGAGGCAACUCUGUUUCAUGAUUCACUAAGAACUAAGGCUUGCUUGUUGAGGCUUUGCAUAAAUGCUUGAAUAACAAUUCAUUUGUAAAUAUUGCUGUAAUUUAUGAAAACUAAAUUGUUUCGGCUGUUUGAAUAUUUAUGUCAAUUGAGAAUUAUGUAACAAUUAUAGAUCAAAAUUUGGAUACUCAGGGUUUAACAUGUCGACUCUAAGGUUCUCAGUACCAGCAACUGUUAUGAUGUAAGAUUUUGUGAUGGAGUGACUGAUACUGAAUUAGAAUCAUGAAGAUCAAUUUGUACUUUUGGGAGGAAGUUUUACAGAUAAAUACAGCAUAAGUAUGUUCCGAGUUAUGAGAGAAGAAUAACAUCAUUAAGCUCACCAGAACAUAAAGUGCUUAUGUUAUAAUUAUAGGUUUCCAGCACUGAUUUCAAAGAAUGUUCUGCAAGUGAGUUGCCUCUGGCUGUGAACAUGGGCAAUACCUGGCAUAAGAAGAUUAUUUCUGUUCCAAUGCAGAAAUAUGUUUCAACAUGAAUGUUUUGGCUUAUUUUUCUGAGAACAAACACUGUUUUCAUUUACCCAAGAAACUAGGAUAUUUUGGCAUUUUGUUAAAAAGUGAUCAUAGGAAAACUACAUUCCCCACGUAGAAGAUUCCAUUUUAUGAAGAACAUCUGUUCUCAUACCAGCCUAGCUUUACACAUUAACUGAAUUAACAUUAUUUUUGAUGAAGUGUGCUUUGAACUAAUCCUGGUCUAUUUGGAUCACAAGUGCUAUGUGUGUGAUGUUCAAGUGUAGGUGAUGCUGUUGGGGAAGACGCUGACUUGGAGUGUUCAUUUGUAGUUUGGAUAAGGUAGGGAAUUAGAAAAGGCCAACUUCUUGAAAAGCAGGUCUGAGGACGCUUCCAGAUCUUGCUCAGGCGAAUCCAAAUUUGAAAGAUUUGUGGGUUCUUGAUGUCAGCUUUCAAAACUGAGUCGGAUUUAUGUCUUUCCUGUCUUGAUUUGAAAAUAUUUACAUCAGUAAAAGAAGAAUUCCUGAGAACAUAAACUUUCCCUUGAUAGGAAAUGUUUUUUAUGAUGUCAGGUUGGUUAUAUGUAAAAAUGACAAAACAUCCACAAUUUUGAAAUGAUACAGCUUUUAUUAUUUGCAUCUGGAACUCCCUGUUAACAUACCAUUUCAAGAAAUGAGAUACUUGGGGUGGAACAAUCAUGGCCAGUGCAUUUCUAAUCAGGAUAUUUGUUUUAUAUUGUGCCGACAACUUUACCUUAUCAUGAUAACAUGUUUACAAAGUACCGUAUUCAGCCCCAGUGACAACAUUUACCAACUUCAGUGAAACUCCAUGAGCUUCAGAAACUUCUUCCCAUUGAUAUUAGGAAAUGUCUCUGUAAAUGUAAGGGACAUAACUCAUGUUAAUCUUGAAAUGUGUAACUCCUGGCGAUUUCACUGGGAAUGGGUAAGAUAUGAGUGUAGGGGUUUUAUGUGUGUGAUUGUCUUUGAAAACAGCAGUUACUGACUGAUAAAAACAUUAAAAAAUUAAUGGAUUGUCUUUUUACUUUUAUUUUAAAAAAUGUUUGCGUAUCUGGAAUAUUAUCAGGUAUAUUUAUGUAGGGACAACUGAGCACUCUCCUUCAUAAAAAUAUAUCAGAUAUUCACGAUCUUUAAUUUUUGUGCAUCAUAAGUGUGAUUUUUAGUAGCCCAUAAAAAGACGUCUGAAACUGAAGUUAUUUUCACUCCCGCUGAAUAAUGGAGGCAGGACACAAGACUGGUAAUAUUUAUCUCACAACAGUUAACAUCACCACAUCACUGUUGUAAAAUGGUUUGUAAAAGUAACAAAAAUUGUGAAAGGUUUAGUUUCUAUAUAAAAGGGUUGCAACGGCUGUGGAAGCAUAUCAUCAGUUGUCCAUGUCAUGGCCUGAUGAUGUCAUGUGUUGUCCAUGUCAUGGCCUGAUGAUGUCAUGUGUUGUUUUUUUUCAUGUCCAUAAAUUAUUUUUUACUACCAUGUUGAGAAAUGAUGAUAUUCAUUAGCGUACUUAAGUUUGUGGACUACAGAUGUUCUGAGUUGACAGGUUGGAGGGUUUGUAUCUGAAUGAGUGAGUGAUUCAGUGGUUUAACCAAACUGCUUUAAGUAGUCGAUUUUUGUUUGAGGUAUAUGACACUGAAUUUAGUGAAAUUGAUCUUGUCAAAAAUGCAACUCAGUUAAUUGGGCCGUAUUUUUAAUUGGUUUAUGGGUCUCAAUACCCAAGGCUAAGAAUGAAAAAAAUAUGAAAAGAGGACUAAUCAUUUUAUCGAAUAAUAUUUCUAUUAAUGCAGAAAUUGAAUAAAAAUGUCAACUUUGAGAAUCAAUGCAGAAAGAGAUGAUUUUUGCCAUUAAAACUUGCUACUUUGCAGAAAGAGAUAUUGGAAUAACUGACCUGGCCAGCUCCAGGCACCUUGCCUUGUCCUGUCAGAAUUGCACAACUACCAAAUUUAUGGGGAACUAUCUGUAAACCAACUAAAAUAAAAAAGGCCUUUGGAACAGUUGCAAAUGUAUUUUGCAUUUUUUGUAACCUAGUCAGUUCACGGUGUCAAAUAUUACCUGUGUCAUAUUGACACAUAAUCAGUUGAUUACAAUUUGCAGUCUUGAUUUAGACAGAGUUACCUGCCCCUGAAAUUACAGUUAGGCAGAGUUACCUGCCCUUGAAAAGACAGUUUGGCACAGAGUAGCCAUUCUGAACUUACAAUUAUGUUGAAUGUGAAAAUAAAUUCUGUUGAUUUCAGUGAUUUUGUGAAGAAUUUCGCCUUUGUCUGGCAGCAAACUUCUGUAUAGUCUCCAUGGCGAGUGUGUAGUGAUUGGUAUCAAAUAUUGUCGUAGUUAGCAACAAUGGCGUUUGAUGUUACUUUUUUCAAAGUCCUUCAGACGUAUCUACAGUAUGUAACCACAGAUUAAGGGAAAUGAUGUGAUCUUUUUAUUUUGAAGAGACUGUCAGUAAUGCUAAACUUACUCCCCUCAAGGUAUUAUGUUUCUGGUAAUUCGGUUAGGCUAAACAUGAUGCAACAUGGCAGAAGGUAGUUGUCUCUGGUGUCAAAAUGUCCAUUUUCACGAUUAUUUUUCCAUGACCCCAAUCCCUCCCAACCUGCACCAACAGGAGACGCAUGUGCAGUUUAGGUGAGAACUGUAGUUGUCUGCCCUUGAAUAAAGAUCUGGAAAAUUAAAAAUGGCUACUUGGGAUUGAAAACGAUGCAGGGUUGAAACAUGGUGACCAGAAACAUAAUACUUUUUACAUUUGCCUCAGAUUAUGAGAGAAAAAUGAGAUAUGAAGUUGUCAUGUUGAUUCUAUUCUUGGUGCGAUGGGAAGUAUUCUGUUAAUGUAUAUCAGCAUGUUGGUUGGGGAGUAUGAUGUACGCUUUCAGAAAAAAUAUUGGUUGCUGCUUUUGUAGAAAUAUCCAUGAAAAAUUAGGAAGCUGAUUUAUGAAAUAUUGGGAGUUGUAUUCCUACAAUACCAUGACAAAAACUAGUUGUUAGGAAAGCCUGUCUUCGGUUGAUCAUGUCCUAUGGUUGUCCAGCAGGGUGAAAUGAAAAAAAUAUUGUCAGUAAGAAGUGAUUGAGUUUAGUUUUAUGCUAUAUGGCGUCAGUCUGUAAAUAUCAUCUUUCUGUCAGCACCUUACCUGCAUUGACGAGUUACACGAAAAUAACCUUGACCUCCAUCAUGACAAGCUAAAUAUGGAUGUUGAUAUGGCCGCAAACUCAGAUUGUGAGGUAUUGUCGCAGCCUUUGGUGACCCUUUGAGGGCAAUUUGGAAUGUUGAAAGAUGAUAAAUGUGAGGUCCUUUAUAAAGAUUCUUGGCGGUGGGGUAGCCUAGUGGUAAAAGCAUUUGCUUGUCCCGCCGAAGACACAGGUUCGAUGCCUCACAUGGGUACAGUGUGUGAAGCCCAUUUCUGGUGACCCCCGCGUGAUAUUGCUGGAAUAUUGCUAAAAGCCGCGUCAAACAGAACACACUCACUACAAAGAUUUUCAACGCACCAGUGGAUAACCAUAGGAACAGAUGUCUUCAGUAGAUAUCUAUAAAUCUUUAUAUACUGACCAAAGAAGAUGUAAAGAAAUAGUAUUCCAGAUUAUGCUAAUGUAUCUCUGUUGCAACUAUUUAUACAUACAUGCAUGCAAUGCAUUUGAUAUAAUUUGAUGGAAUGUUUGAAGACACUUGAACCAUAGUGAACACACACUGAUAUAUCUAAAGGUUUUUGAUAAAGUUUGCUUUGUAAUCCGAAAUAUUUGAUAUGUGUUCUGUAUUUUGAGAUUGUAAUAGCUUGAUAUGAUUUCUUUGUAAAAUCAAGUAAAACUUUGAUUUGCUGUAAUUUUGUUGACGGUUUUGUGCAUAGCAUUUGUCUGAGGAUUGGAAGGUAGAGUAUUUUGAAGUAUGUGCACGAAAUUUAUCAGUCCGUGAUGACCUGUAAACUUCCAGCUCGUGUCCAAGUUUGAUAUUGUACGUAGCUGCUACAUGUAUGAAAGAGAGAAAUAUAUUUUAUAGUUUGAUUUCAAGAACUGUGAUUCUUUGUCUCAUUGAACAUGAUCAAAUGGGGAUCGAAAUAUUAACAUGUUUUUUCUUAGUUGAACUUGUUGAUAUGCAUGAUGGGGACAAGGGGCAGACAACUGCUUUUCAGUGUAAAUGUAGUUUUGGGGUAUAAUCUGUAAAGGAAAUUAAAGAUAGUGAACUCAUUAUUGUUGUGUCAGUGCUAAAUGGAAUGUAGUUGUAUCGUUGAGAAAAGAAUUUUUUUUGCUUCUGGCCAUUGAUAGGAGCAUGGUCAUCUUGUAGUUUUCGUGUUUCUUCCCAUUGGGACAAAUAUUAUUUAGUACAUUUAUAUUUACAAUCGAUGACAAAUUAUGGAGGUCGUUGAGUGACUAGUCAUUCCUGGGAUAGACUAGCCAGUUGUCUGAGACGAGUGACGCUACUCCUCUGUCAUAUCUAAUUAUUUUACAUUAACAAGGCGGUGAGGUUGCUGAGUGGUGACAGCAUUUGCUUCUCACGCAGAAGACCCGGGUUUGAUUCCCCACAUGGGUACAAUGUGUGAAGCACAUUUCCAAUGUCCCCUCCAUGAUAUUGCUGGAUUAUUGCUAAAACUAAACUCACUCAUUCACUUUUUUACAUAAACAUUUGUCAGAAAAGAUCUGCAUACUUGUUGGAUUUGACCAUUGGUCAAACACAUGCAACAUGUUUUUCAUACCUGUAGGCUGCUUUGCCAUGUGAAUUUGCCGUAGGAAAUAUUGUGGAAGUAAAUUCAUAACGGAGGCAAAUCAUUGGAAACUGCAUGAUUUGCAUGAUCCAAAAUGGCUGCCCUUCUUGCCUCUUUCUGGAAGUGUUUAUUCUUGUGGAGCAGUUGUUCCCAUCAUGCAUAUCAACAACUGUGUGAAAACUUACUGUUGUUUUGUAGAAAGUAUGUUUCUCGAGUGGGUGACUCUGGUCGCCUCCUGUUGAUUGUAGGCUCCUGACUCACUAUGUGUGGUGUGGAAUAUAUCAUGUAGUGAGGCAGAGAUGACCUUUUGUAAAUAAAAGAUAUUAUCCUGUGAA